AACCAGCGUAAUAGGUGUGCGCUAAACCCCCAAACAGUACCUCACAUUCAGUGCGUGGCUGGAGUUGGUGGGAAGCUUCAGAAUGCCUGACACCAGACUUCUGUUUUCAAUAGCCCUGGCUGUUCUGUCCUCACAUCACGCCUUGGGGUGCCCCGCGUUUACAUCGUGCCAAACUCGGAUGGCGGCUGCUCUAGGUGCACCCGGCACUGACACAGUCAGCCUCUGUCGAGCUCUCAGAGACUACCUUGAGUGUGCCCGGGGCGCCAGUGCUUCUUGUGGGGUUUCAGAGAGAGGAUACGUCGUGGAGGGGUUCAACAUCGUCAACGUGAGAUACUCGACGCUCUGCACAGCUUUCCGUACCGCAAGUGCCUCAGCACCGGUAGACUCAACCACGGCGAACACUGUUGCUCCUUCCUCUGCAACGUCCACAGUGUCAUCAGCGACACUGACAUCGGUUGAGGGCGAGAAGACUACCCCUGAGGCGGACCGGUUACCCCAGAACCGUUCGGCUACCUUACUUCCCGUGCCAAGUUAUCUACCGGAAGUGACGUCAGAUUACACCUCUCCAAAAGACCAAGUUACAACGUCUGUGACUUCUGCAACCACUGAACAGAUGUCCAUAGCAACCAAACGAGAUGGUUCUGCAUGUAUCUACCUUCCUGGUAUUGCCAAACAGUCAUCCGAGCAAUUGUGUACACUACGGCAGAUUAUGUCCCAGUUCAACAGCGGUUGCACGCAGUUAGAUGACUGUGGCCGGAAGGUUUCCAGUAGUCUGAGCAGCCCUGACGACUUUUUAAUCUGCGGGUCACUGGUCAGUUACAUAACCUGUGCCCAGAAAGCCAAAAGAGUGUGCGGAAACGUCGACAAUUCCAAUGUUCAGCAGAUUGUGGCGACGAUGUAUACAGCAAAGAACUGCACAGCUAUUCUUAAGGAAAUAACCACAUCCGUCGAAAUGUCUCCUGUUACGGCUCGUAAUUCAGUAUCAGCACCGACACGCGAGACACUUGGGACUGGUGAAACCAGCACACAGCCUGAAUCUUCAUCUUCGGUAACAGAUACCACCUCUUACAUUCUAAACACUGGUCGUAUUAAAGUUACCAAUACUCCAAAUGCUGAUAUUACAUCCACUUACUCGAAGGACGCAAAUACUCCCACAAUGUCCUUUGAAAGGACCAGUCGCUUGGAAGUGACGAACACCCAGAAUAAAGCUGUAACGACAACGCAGUUGUUGAAGGGUACAAGUACUCCCCCAGUGACCUCUGCACUCACCAGUCGUGUGAAAGACACGGAUACCCUGCACACAGAACGCUCAACUGUACCCUCAGUGUCCUUGGCACUCACCAGUCGUGUGAAAGACAUAGAUGCUCUGAACUCAGAACGCUCAACUAUACCCCCAGUGACCUCUGCACUCACCAGUCGUGUGAAAGACACGGAUACCCUGCACACAGAACGCUCAACUGUACCCUCAGUGUCCUUGGCACUCACCAGUCGUGUGAAAGACAUAGAUGCCCUGAACACAGAACGCUCAUCUGUACCCCCAGUGUCCUCAACAGACAGACACACCCAUGUCUCAUCCUCAACCGCACUCAACCGUGAAACCACCACUGACGUCAAGACAAACUCGCCCCCGGUUACGUCGUCAUCCACGGGGUACUUGUCAUCUUCUUCAGAGCCAGCAGUCGUCAGACGAGAUAGAUCGAGCACAUUGCGGGUCACAGAAGUAGAACUGUCACGCACGGACGACAUCACAGUACCCACAUCAAGAGUUGAUAUGACCACCACAAAAACCAAUACACCAUUUAAAACUAACCUUUGGGCGAGUCUUGUCACAAACACGAGAACCUCUCGAGUUACCUCCCCUUCCAUUCUUCCAGGACAGCCCACAGAAGCUACAUCAGGUUUUCAUCAGUCGAGGAAACCUUUCCCCAAGUCAACAGAUCACACCCGGUAUGGAACUAGAUCCUCCACUGAAAUGAAGAAGACGAGUCCGCCAAUACCAGGCGAGUUCCCCACCAUCCCCCCACCCGAAGAAGACGAGUCGACCAGGGACACAUCUAACUCUCAAGGUGUGGGAGUCCCAUCCUCAUGCACAAACAGGUCCCUGUCUGUAUCUACCGUCUCCACUGUGUUGGUCAGCUGGAUCUGCUGGACGCUGUACAUCACAAUUACCUGAAACCAGAGGGCCUGCACAGGUUGUUGAAGUCUCCGUGAGCAAACUUAUGUUGUCGAGUGUGCUGAAUGUGUGUACGAAAAUGUCAACAUGUCCGACCAAGGAGAUCCUGCUACUGAAGACAGGUCUAUGAAAUAUCAUAGACGACCGACGUUUUAACUGGAAUAGCCAGCUCUGUUUCAGAUUGUCUUAUGUUGUAAUGUUAAUAUUGUGUUUAUAACUUGUAUUGUUUUUUAAGUUAUGUGUAAAGAAGGAGGAGUGGGUGAUAACUUAUUAAUAUUUAAACAAUUGGAUUAAGUUAAUAUUUAACAGAAUUUAUCAUCCAAGUUAUUGUAACGCAAUUUAUGGAGUUUACUCCUUUAACAAGGCGUUGUCAACGUGUCAAAACACCCAUAUUUAUUGUAGAAAUCAAGUACAUCAAAGGUCGACAGUUAAAUGCAGAAUACAUAACCCAGUCAACAUGCGAACCUGGAAGCUCCCAGACACAUGAAUCCGGAACAUGUCAUGUCCGUACACACCACAUGGCCAAGCUUGGGGAUGCUCUAUGACUCACUUUAUACCAAGUACAACGGUUGCCUGUUGAUUUGUGUAUGCUGUUGUCAUUACGUUAACUCCAAUUGUAUUGGGGCAAGGCCAGAUAGAGAUUCCCUAACACAUGCUCAUGAUUUUAUCUGAAUCGCACAAACUUCUCCAGAAAUGUUUAGAGAUUUUUGACACUGUGUUAUUGUGCAUAAUAUCGACUGCCAUGACACAGUCCUGCGAUCCAGUCCAGCAAGUGAUCGCAUAGACUUAAUAUGCCAGCGACCUGACACUCUCCGUGCUGGACACAGUAGGGCGACAGCACCUGUUGGAGGAUGUAGACGGUGGUCGGAAGUGUUUGUGUCACUGCAUGUCACUCGUGCUAGAAACCAGGACUUUCAUUCUUAAGCCACUUCCUCUUUUGACCAAACAUUAUAUACUGACAUUAAUACCUUAAGUCAUGACCACUGACGUAAAUACAUGCGUCUCGCCGCUUUAUCACAUAGCUAGUAUUGACAGGACUGAGUGAAUAGGUUUUUAUUCAUUGUCCGCAAACACAGGGAUGAAAUACCUGAAAGCACUGCCCCUAUCUUGAUGAACAGAUGGCUCUAAGCUACCUUCAUCCACGCCUUUAGAGUACGAUCAUACACUAGGACAGCCAGGCGGAGAUCGUCUCUCAGGGAGAACCAGUGCUGGCAUCACAUGCACUUACUACCAACAGAUAACUUAACGUAUUUUUAUGUUUUGAAUUUUGUGUAAAUAAUGUAUUUAAUGUGCCAUGUACAAAUGUGUCAAAUAUAUUGUGCUGAUAUUUUCAGUUACUUCAAACAUAUGUGUUAAAUGUUACCUUUUGACGAAGAAGAAAUUGUAUAUUGUGUUGAAAUUAUGUAUAAGUUUUCAGUUACUUCGUAUUUGAAUAAACAUAUUUGUUAAAUACUUUCUGAAA